AUGCCCGGCUGCUCUGCCGGCUCUCGCCCGCCCCGGGCAGACACCAAAGCGUUAACCACCCGCUCGCCUCAAUUUCCUGUCCCGCUUCCCCUUUUCCUUCCCAAAGUUUGGGCAGAACCCAUGGCCGCGGCAGCAGCUCCCCUCCUAUCCGGGCAGCGAGGCCCCGUCCAGCGGCAGCUCUGGGGUGUGGGUGCCCAGCCGGGUCAGGGCUUCACUCUGCAGCAGCCCCAGCCCAAGGUGACGGUGGCAGCGGGGGAGACGCUCACCCUGAACUGCAUCACGUCUGGAAUUGCUGGACCAGGGCCUGUGAUGUGGCUGAAGGGCUGGGGCAGUGGGAACAAGACUGUCUAUGACCAGAAAAACGAGGAUCCCUCCUCCCGUGUGACGAGAGCAGUGCCUGGGUCUGACACAGACUUCACCAUCCACAUCAGGAACUUCCAGCCUACUGAUGUUGGCACCUAUUACUGCGUGAAGUUUGUCAAGGGGAACACUGGUGAGGAUGAGGUGUUUAGGCGUGGCAGUGGCACAGUGGUGUCUGUGCAAGAAGCAGCUCUGUUUCCUGGAAUGGUGGCUGCAGCUGUAGUGCUCUGCUUCCUCCUCCUCCUCGGCCUCUUUGUGGCCCUUUGCAUGUACAGGAGGAAGUGCCAAGGUGGGGUGGGCAGCCCCUGCCCAGCCAGGACAGUGGCCAUGGGCAGCUUCUCAUCUAUCCCUCUGCAGUGCUGCGCAGAGACCCUUGGCACCCCCAGGAGCAUCAAGCUGAAAUUCAAGAGAGGAAUUGAGGGCUGUGCUGGGUGGGGAAAGGACCCAGCUUCCUUUAGUUCUGAUGCCCAUCCUUAUCCUUCCCCCUACAGUGAAGUCCUGGAUGCAGAGAGCUCCCACCCACCCAGCCAGCAGAGCAGCAAGGAGGAGCACGACAUCCACUACGCCGACCUGCAGCCCCUGCCCCUGGCCCCGCAGCGCAGCAGGAGCCCGGGCACAGCCCCCACCGAGUAUGCCAGCCUCAGGGUAGCUGCCAAGUGACACCUGGCACAGCUGCCUGCACAGCCAGACCAUGUCAGGGUGGAAGAAGGGACCUUUAUGCAGGGCACCAUAAAGAAGAAGUGGAGCUGUUUGCAUGGCGCAUCCUGAUCUCAGCUUGGCACGCUGUGGUCACCAUGUUUGCAUCUCAGGGGAGCUCUCCCAGGACCUGGAAGCUUUCUUGACCACAGGAUGAGACCACGAGGCCAAGCACCUCUGCCUUGUGCAAGCUGUUUUGUGCUGAUAACACCAGGAGGACCUCACACACACCGGUGUCCACCAGCAUGGGCCUCCACUGGCCCUUUCCCGGCCCACAGGUCCAUAAUUUGUGUUAUCUUUUCACCAGCCUCAUUAAAGCCAGCAAACAGC